AUGCCGGGGGACGUGUUUUUCAUCAGCAUGGACUGGGAAACUGAAUUGUUGUGUGUUCUGUGCAGGGCAUGUUUUGAUGAGCUUCAGACGAGUGGUGCCAUCGUGUGGCUGGUGUUGGACUACCUGUGUGACGGUCUCUACAUCUUGGACACAGCCGUCAGGCUACGCACAGGUUUCCUGGAGCAGGGUCUGUUGGUGAAGGACCUCUCUAAGCUGAGAGACAGUUAUCUGAAGACGGUUCAGUUUAAACUAGACCUGUUGUCUAUCCUGCCUACUGACCUGUUCUACCUAUCUCUGGGAAUACACACUCCUCUCCUCCGCUUCAACAGACUUCUGCGGUUCAACCGCAUGUUCGAGUUCUUCGACCGUACAGAGACCAGGACCAGUUACCCCAACGCCUUCCGCAUCACUAACCUGGUCCUUUACAUACUGGUGAUCAUCCACUGGAAUGCCUGUAUGUACUACUCAUUCUCCAAGGCCCUGGGACUGGGGUCUGACUCCUGGGUGUAUCCCAACCAGACAACUCUGUCGCGGGGUUACAUCUACUGCCUCUACUGGUCCACCCUCACCCUCACCACCAUAGGAGAGACACCGCCACCCGUACGAGAUGAGGAGUUCCUCUUUGUGGUCUUUGACUUCCUGGUGGGUGUGUUGAUCUUCGCCAGCAUCGUGGGGAACGUGGGAGCCAUGAUCUCCAAUAUGAACGCUACGCGGGCAGAGUUCCAGAGCCGCAUCGACCAGGUCAAACACUACAUGCAGUUCAGACACGUCAGCCGUGACCUGGAGCACCGUGUCAUUCGCUGGUUCGACUACCUCUGGACCAAUCAGAAGGCGGUAGACGAACAGGAAGUUCUGAAGAGCCUGCCCAAUAAACUGAGGGCUGAGAUCGCUAUCAAUGUGCACCUGGAAACUUUAAAGAAGGUGCGUAUCUUCCAGGACUGUGAAGCGGGCCUGCUAGUAGAGUUGGUAUUGAAGCUGCGUCCCCAGGUCUUCUCUCCAGGAGAUUAUAUCUGUCGUAAAGGAGAUAUUGGGAAGGAGAUGUACAUUAUUAAAGAUGGCCGCCUGGCGGUGGUGGGAGAUGAUGGAGCUACUCAGCUGGCCAUGCUCACUUCAGGAAGCUGCUUCGGGGAGAUCAGCAUCCUGAACAUCCGGGGCAGUAAGAUGGGAAACAGGAGAACAGCUAACAUCCGUAGCCUUGGUUACUCUGACCUGUUCUGUCUGUCUAAGAGAGAUCUGACCGAGGCACUCAGCGACUUCCCUCAUGCUAGAACCCAGUUGGAGCAGAGGGGGCGGGAUAUCCUCAGGAAGGAGGGGCUACUGGAUGAAGUGGGAGGAGAUAGCCUGGGAGUGGAGGAAAUGGAGGAGAAGGUGGAGAAGUUGGAGGCGUGUGUGGAUCGUCUCCAGACGCGGUUGGCACGUUUACAAAUGGAGUAUGCCACCGCGCAGCAACGUCUGAAGCAGCGAAUCACGGCUCUGGAACACAGCGUCGGCACCACGGUUACCGUCGGAAGCGGUUUCCUGUCGGACGCCGAUGGCAAUGAGAGUGGCGGUGACGACGGAGCACGCAGUGAGAUCAACAUCAGACUGUGACAACAACGCUGUAUCGCCAUAGAGACAGCUGGAAGAGCAUUUAUCUUAUUUACUCUGUUUUAUUUAGUUAGAUUUAAUAUUUUGUGGCAGAUUUGAUAUCUGUUGUUGUUGUUGUUUUUGUCUGUCAGCAGGGUGUCGCUGUGUUUAAUGAUGGUGUAACGCUGAGUCUACCUGUAAGCUACUGUAUGUUCAACAAUGUAAAAACAAAACUGUCUCUUGAAAAACAUGUUGAAAAAAUUAUUUCACCUUAAAUUCCUGUUAAUGACAACCCAAA